AUGUGGGUCUGGGCACAGGAGCUGGGAGGGCAUCGCAAGUCUGUGACCCUGAGCGAGGGGUGGAUUCUUAAAGGGGCUUUAAGAAAGUUUCAUUUCCAGAGAACAUUUGCUGUAGAAGCAGGGUUGGCUCAUGACCGACUGUGGACCCGCAGGUCUACACUGGAGAGCUUGAACGUCCCAGAGGCCGAGCAGGGCAAGCUUCCUGAAGAAUCAAGUAUAGCCAUGGAUCACCAUCGUCACUGUGGGCCCGGCCUCUUAGAAUCGGCAGUCCUUUUAACCAGGGUGGUCCUGGCCGGAAGUUGCCAGGCACUGCGGGCAGCUGCGUCCAACGCAGCUCAGGACGCAGGGGCGGUCCCAGACCCAGCCGUCCGCACACGCUCGGCGCAGGCGCACUAG